UCCGGUUCCGGUGCUUGAAGCGUAAACAUCGUUAUAGAACAGUCCUCAAAAUUAAUUUGAUUAAUAAUUAUUUACGAACUACUAGAUACGAAGAAUAGUGAAACAACACAAUUACAAGUGCUGUGCAUCUAUGGAACUGUUAACAGUGGCGCAAUAACGUGAAAACAAGACAGAUUACGAUUAAACAUGAACCAAUUACCGAAUUAAGGUUAGAAAUUUAUCACAAAGCAUUAUUAUAAACGUCAUAGUGUCACUGUCACUGUCAGUAUCAUUACUGCAUCGGUGUUGCCAACGCGAAAAAGUACGGUUCCACGUCGCGUUCCAGUCUACGCAGAAAUUUAAAAAAAAAUUUUAAAAAAGUAAACAUGGAAGAUCAAUUUCAAAUUCUAUUUGAUAAAAUGAAAGUCGAAAUGCAGAAACAGACGGUGGAACUGAAAGAGUCUAUAACUAAUUCGAUUAUGGAGAAAAUGGACGAAAAAAUAAAGCCUAUUAUAGAAGAAAACAAAGACUUGAAGAAAAAGAUAUUAAACCUAGAGAAAGAAAUGGAAAACUUGAAAAGAGAUAAGAAGCAAAACAACAUAAUUAUUUUUGGACUAAAAGAGGAAGAAGAAUCUACGUCAGGACUUAUACAAAAGGUGAAGAAGUUAUUUAUUGAAGAGUUAAAUUUAAACCUUAGUGAUUUUGAAAUAAACAACAUGUACCGCAUCGGAAGAAUAAGCCUAAACGGAAAGCCGAGACCGGUUUUGCUUUCCUUUGUCAAUCUAUGGAAGAAAAAUGAGGUAUUGAAAGUCCGGAAACAUCUUAAAGAUAUAUAUAUCACAGAAGAUUAUUCUAAAGAAGUUCUGGAGAAAAGGAAAUUGCUACAAAAUAAAUUGAAAGAAGAAAGAAUGAAAGGUAAUUUCGCAUAUCUAAAAUAUGACAAGCUAAUAGUAAAGGAAAAUAAUACAACCAAUGAUAGAAGAAAGAGAGAAAUAUCUUCAUCGCCGCCAGAAAAUAUACAAGCAAAAAAACACCAAGUCGGGUCGUCAUCUCAAAAUAAUAGGCGCAAUGCUUUUGAUAUAAUGAGAGGCAGAUCCAACUCCCUCUCUUCCUUUAAAACGGAUAACAGGCAAUAACAAUUAGCUAUCGGCAACCGGAAAA